UUUGAAGAAGCGCACGUUGAAUUGGCCAAUUUGCUGCAGCUACCAGACUUCCCGGCUACUGUCCCGGUCGUAUUGUUAGCCAAUAAGCAGGAUUUACCAGAGGCAUGUCGAAUUGUUGAGAUAAAACAAUUUUUGACAUCAGAAGUGAUCAGGAAAAGAUUAAGCACAACGGUCUCAUGCUGUGCUGUAACUGGUGAUGGUCUGGAUGGCCUUUUUGCCGAAAUUCAUCAACUCAUCGUUCAGUCCAGGAAUGGUAAUGGCUCAUAA